AUGUUAACAACUAAGCAUCAAAAAAAUCAGCAAUAAUAAAGACCUUGUUAAGUUAAAAAGAUCCGUCUCUUGAUUUUAUGAGAAGCUCAAAUAACUUGAAUUUGUAUUCACUCUGAGACUUGAAACUGAGGAAAAAAAGAAUCAUUUAAAACAAAAUUAAAUUUAAUAAAAGAAUUCAACGUUACUGUUGAAAAUUGUAUUGACUAAAUAUUAACAAAUAUUGAUUAAAAGGAAGAAAUAGAGUCAAAACCUAAAAUUGAUAAGUUUAAAUUACAAGUGGAAAUAUUAUAAUCAAAUAAUAAAAUAUGCUUUAAUAUUGAGAUUCCUAUAAAAUUUGAUAAAUUAGAUGAUUAUAAUCAAUUUUAUGAUACUAUAUUUUAAAUAAAUUAAUAAUUUUCAAGUAAUCAAUCAUAUUCUUUAGUCAUUGAUACUCAAUAAAAAUCAUAAAAUUGAUAAGUUCAAGGAAAUAAACUCAUUUCGUAGAUAAACAGAGAAGAAUUAGAUAAAUCAGUAAUAAUUAUUAUAUGAAUUAUAGAAGACAUCAUUAAUUUAAAUCAAAUGUAAUAAAUAUAGAACUUUAUAUGCUAAAGUCUGUAAAUCAAUUUUAAAAGGAAUCUCUGUUAUGA